AUGAGUAUAUUCCAUCACCAAUGUGAGACCACUACAGACGUCAAAGCCGAAUGCUCCUCGGAAAUAGCAGAACUUGUCGACAAGUUCACAGUCCUCGCUAUAGAUGUGAAGCCAGAGGAUAGGACAGAAAUAUCAGAGGUCGCAUCGCUGUUGAGAGGUUUGGCUCUCGAAAUGAAAAGGCUAGCGGAGGAUGUUGCGUCAAUCAAGGUAACAGUGCAAGCGUUGCCAGUCCCAAUCGUCAUGGAGCCCAAUGAGAUCAAACGAUGCCCACUCCCGACACCUACCUUUACCGGUAGAGAAGACGUGGUGCUACAGAUGGACAACUGUUUCUUUGAUGGAACGAAUAAGCGACACCUCUUCGUUAUUCAUGGUCUCGGCGGUGCUGGUAAGAGUCAGAUUGUCUACAAAUUCGUGGAGAGGUGCGAUGAGCGAAAUGGUGAGGACGAAAGGUUCUCUGAGGUUUUCUUCAUCGAUGCCGGUUCCCGCGAGACGAUCACAGCAGAUUUCAAGAAUAUCGCGUUGAACAAUGGCUGUGAUCCGACCAACACGGCUGUACUUGCUUGGUUCUGCCGACAUCGGACCAGAUGGCUCAUUAUCUUUGACAACGCCGACGAUCCUGCCUUGAAUAUUCGUGACUACCUUCCGCAAUGCACUCACGGUGACAUCAUUGUUACCACUCGUAAUCCCGAGGUAGUGGCGCACGCUCGAGGUCGCAGACCAUUUUACAAAGUCUCGGGAAUGCUCCCAGAGGAGUCUAGCCGGCUUCUUGUCUUGAUAUCGACUCGCGGAAUGGACGACGAGUCGUCGAUCCCAGCGGAUGAGGCUCAAGCCUCCCAAUUGCUUGUUAAGGACCUUGGAUUCCUCGCCCUCGCUGUCGUCCAGGCCGGUGCAUAUAUUUCCACCAUACAGUCCACGAUUGCCGAAUAUGCCGAUCUCUACCGGCAGCGACGUGGUGAGCUCCUCAAGGAGUACCGCACGCUCGUGCAGAAGACAGACGAUUAUGGAGCUACUGUCUACACAACAUGGAGGGUCAGCUUUGAGCGACUCCCCACCGAGGCCCAGCAGCUUCUGCGAGUUUGCGCGUUUGUGCACCACGAAGGGAUCUCGGAGACAUUCUUCAGCCAUGCAUCUGACGAGAUACUGGACUUUGAGCCUGUCAUACCCAUGAGCGACGACGAAUCUGCCGCGUUUGACUCAGCCCGUACAUUCCUAACUGAAUUUGAACGCAACGGAGUCUGGGAUAAAGUUGCCUUCCACGGAGUCAUUCUGCAGGUUAUGUCUUACUCGCUCCUUGAUUUUGAUAAAGCCAAUAAAUUCGUACUAUCAUUGGCAGUCUCCAACGAUGACUCUACUGUUGGACUCACCCAUAAUCGAUACUAUUGCCGCAUAUUGAUAACACUGUCGAAGGGCGGUACCAUAAAAGACAGAGCAGCCAGACAGGACGGUGCUGGAGAUAAGGAAGCGGAUGCUGGGGGAGGAACACCCCUCGACGCUGACGAGCAUGUUGAACCUUACGGCGACAUACCGGAACCUGGGUUGGAAGCGCGUUCUCGGCGAGGAGCACCCCUCGACACUGACGACAAUUUCGAACCUUGCGUUGACAUACUCGAGACAAGGCCGGUGUACAGAGGCGGAGAGUCUGCAGCGGACUUCAAUCUGGGUCGGUGGAUGAUGGAGGAGAGUAUGCAGGCGAAGGAGAUGGAUAUCACUAAGCGCACUCUCGGCGAGGAGCACCCAAACACGCUGACGAGCAUGUCGAACCUCGCGUUGACAUAUUCGAAGCAGUACCGGUGGACAGAGGCGGAGAGAUUACAGGUGUCGGUGUUGGAGACGAGGAAGCGAGUACUCAGUGAGGAGCAUCCUAAUACGCUGACAAGUAUGUCAGACCUCGCGUCGACAUACUUGCACCAGGGCCGGUUGACAGAGGCGGAGAGACUGAGGGGUAGACUCCUAGAGGUAGAGACGCGCAAAGCAGAGUGUGACAAAGAGUAA